ACUAUAUUGUAUAUUUGUAUCUAUUAACACAUUAUUGUAAGAGAUCAUAUAUAGAGAUUGACAUGGCAACUUCCGCCUUCUCGUCUCGUGGUGCACAAACGAUGAACACCAUGCUCGUCAAACCGAUGCUUAGGAAAUCUAUCCACAAGAACACUGCAUCGCACGACAUAGUAAGGGAGGCGAUGAAGACUGAUGGCGCCAGCGUCGGAGAGGCUGAGAUCAAGACGAUGAGAGGUUUCAACGUCGCCAGAGAGACGACAUCGUUUUCAGAGAGUAGUUGGGUCCCACAUGAAGCCACGGGAAUAUACUAUCCAAAGGGACAAGAGAAGGUCAUGCAAGAUGUGCCUCCUCCUCCAGCUGGUAGCCAUGUGUACGAUCUCGUUAACUGGUUCUCUUGAUCCACACUCUCCUUUCAUCUCGAUCUCAUCAUGAUCACAAUAUUGUUCUCUAUAUCUAAGUUCAAUAUUGUUGUAAGGGGAACUAACUUUACUGUUCUGUGCUGUAUCAUACAUAUCUGUGUGUAAUUAUAAGUGGAUAUGUAUGUAUAUGCUCAUAUAAUCAAUGAUAAUGAAUAAUGAU